CCGUCUCUCUCUCUCACUUCAGUCAGACUCCGUCCUCGAGCAGAAGAGCAGACACAGAUCCACCGGAGAACCUCCUGAACCCUCCAGAUGAUCAUGAGAGUCCUGAGUGCUUUGCUCCUCGUGAGUGCUGCCGCAGCGUCUGUGAGAGGAGACACAAACUUCACAGCAGAGCCUCACAGCGCUCCUCCUGUAAAGACGGUGUUGAAGUCCAGCUUCCAUCUGUAUUAUGAGGGGAGCGUUUUUGAGGAGACCUGCACCGUGGUCCCAUUCCGGUCCGAAAGCCUCCACAGAUGCGCCUACAACCGAAGCGACCCGCUGGUGCUGAUCAUACACGGCUGGAGGCUGAAUGGACUCAUGGAGCCGUGGAUCUUCAGACUGGCUUCUGCGCUGAAGGUUCGUCUGGGGCAGGUCAACGUGCUCAUCAGCGACUGGAGGAAGCUGGCGCUUCAGCCGUAUCCAAUCGCAGCUAAGAACAGCAGACAGGUGGGGCGGGACGUGGCCAUGCUGCUCAAAUGGCUAGAGGAAGUGGCGCAGCUCUCCAUGAAUGAUGUCCAUCUGAUUGGCUACAGUCUGGGAGCACAUGUGGCCGGAUUCGCAGGAAGUCAUUUCAGAGGACUGAGGAAAGUGGGCCGCAUUACAGGUCUGGAUCCAGCCGGGCCGCACUUUGAAGGUCAGCCAUCAUUUGACCGACUGUCUCCGGAUGACGCUCAGUUUGUGGACGCCAUCCACACCUUCACCGGCUCCAGUCUCAUGCCAGGACUGGGAAUAAAGCAGAGCGUCGCUCACGUGGACUUCUACCCCAACGGAGGCUCCUUUCAGCCCGGCUGCCAGAUGCUGGACAUUUACAGCAACGUCUUCCAGUACGGCCUGCAAGGUGUUCCCAAGACCAUUAGAUGUGCCCAUGAGCGCGCUCUCAAUCUCUUCACCGACUCCCUCAUCAACACCAGCCAGCCAAUAAUAGGCUUCCGUUGCCGUGAUGACAGCACCUUCAACAAAGGCCUGUGUCUGGACUGCAAACAGAUGCGCUGCAACACACUGGGCUUCGACGUGCGGCGUGAGCAUUUGGGGAGGAGCGCUGAAGGCCUGUACCUCAGGACCGGCUCAUUGGCGCCCUACAGAGUGUUUCACUACCAGAUCAAAGUCCUGCUGAAGAACCUGAUCCAGCCCGUCGAGGCCUCGCUGUCCCUCUUACUCAAGGGGACCGGAGGAGAGAGCCCACAACUACCCAUAAUCCUGCAUCAGGAGAGUGGUGGUCUGAAGUCCUUCACGUCUCUGCUGGUGGUAUCGUCUGACCUGGGUCAGCUCAGCUCCGUGCGGCUGGUCUGGAAGGAUGAACUGGUCUGGUCCAGCUGGAUGAGGCGCGUCAGGAACAUCAUGAGCUGGAAUGGCUCUGAUCAGGACGUGGAGCUCAGCGUGUGGAGGAUCCUUAUCAAAUCAGGAGAGAAGCAGGAGACGUGCUGGUUCUGUGGCGUCUCUGGUGAAGCGUCUCGUCUCAGGAUCUCGGAGGAGCAGGAGUUCACUCGCUGUCCGGACACACACAGCAGCGCUUCAACCCAGUCGGUUUAUUAAUGCACUUACAGUACAUCUCUCUGCACAAAACCUGAUGAAAUCUCACAUAAAAAUCUUCAAACUGAACAAAAAUGUAGGUACUGUAUAAAACACAGUGAACAUUAACAGACAGCCGUAUUAAACUUUUUUUUUUAAUCAGUUUUUUUCAUUCGUUUCUCAAUUUUAGUGUUUGGCCUAUUUUCACCUACAACAUCUGGACUCAAUUAAGAGGUUUUUUCAGUGCACUUUUCCUCUAUGAAGUUUCACCAAGACUAAGUAAAAAUGAAAUAAAGUUGAAAAACAGGCAAAUAUUGAGAUCUCCCCCAGUCCACCGAACCGGUUUCUUCCUCGCUGCGGUCGGCCUGGACUCCACAAACACAAACACAAAAGUACAGUAUCAAAAUGUAGCUUCAAAUCGAGCAGAAAUCCUCCAGUUACUGUACAGAGUUCACAUGAGAGGAAGUGGACAGUCAGACGAUGAUGAUGAUGAUGAUGAAGAUGUGUUUCUGUCAGUCUGUAAACUAAACAUGUUAAUGUGACCGUUAGUACCGUAAGAAUCCUCUUCACUGGGAGACGAAUGCUUUCCCAUGAUGCUCAGCUACAUCAGUCUUCUCAAACGAUCGUUUAUAAAGGUU